AGUUCCCGUUUGGCGCACGUGGGACUGCGGUCGCUCUCCCCUUUCCGCGUUCCUUCGAAUUCGUUCCAGAACAGAACUACUCCGCGCUCCCUCCUACAGACUCCAAACCCGCGCGACCGGAUUCCGCCGAAUCGAUCCCCUCCUCCUCGGCCGGACCCCGGACGGACGAAUCACUCCCUCCCCUCGACCUCCUCUCCCCGCAGAUCCCCCGCGAUUGAUGAGUAUUCUUCCCCCAGUCUCUUGGUGGAGCGAUUUGGAUGCGAGGGAGCUCGGCCCCGAGCAUUCUUCUCCCCGAUCUCCCCGCCGGGAAGGCGCCGACGUCUCUCCCCUCUCGCUGCCGGAGGUAGGCGGCCGAUGGGCUAGGGAGCUGGCCCUCCUACACCUUCGGUCGCCAGCGGCAGGCCGGAGCCUUGUGGGAUCCGCCCGCCUCCUCUCGAUUUAGAAGCCCACUGCCUGCUCAGUUAAUUGAGCCUAUAUCUCUGAGGUUGAUUCAGCUAUUGGGAAAGAGUAUAUUGUCAGUUCUUGGAUCAUCAGAGCUUACGAUUGGGAACUGGAUGUUGCGUGGUGAUCCAGCUUAAUCCUGUUUAGUUUAACUGUGGAGGAUAAAGAUUGGCUUUGGUUGUGUCUUUUUGGGUGUUUAGCACUCAGACAGUACUGUGCAAGAUUCUAGCUUAUCCUUGACUAUCAUAGUCUCUUGUUAGUACGAGUGUUGAGGAGACAGAUCAAAGCUUUGAUUUGUUCCUGGCAUUUGGAUAUCCAAUUUCGGGGACAUAUUCCUAGCAAGACCCUGCACUGUAGAACAUAUUCUCUGCUCUGAAUUGAUUUUGUGUUAAUGUUAGUAGUGGUGGGGAGGGAAGGUACUAAAUAUUCCCAUCUGCCCAGCCAGUUGGAAAGAUGGGUUCCUCGCAAGAAUCCACCUUCUCAUCAGCUUCAACGGCCGCGCAAGUGAAUGCGUUGGACUUACUACCAGUCUAUGCUAAGGAACUUAUUGCUGGCGGUGCAGCUGGUGCAUUCGCAAAGACUGCGGUAGCGCCACUUGAGAGGGUCAAGAUAUUAUUGCAGACAAGAACCGAAGGGUUUCAAUCCCUUGGGAUUGUUCGAUCCUUGAGGAAGCUGUGGCAAUAUGAAGGAAUUCGAGGCUUCUACAAAGGCAAUGGUGCAAGCGUGCUUCGGAUUGUUCCAUAUGCGGCAUUGCAUUACAUGACAUAUGAGCAGUAUAGGUGCUGGAUACUGAAUAAUGCUCCAUCAGUGGGUACAGGACCCGUAGUUGAUCUCUUGGCUGGCUCAGCUGCUGGCGGGACUGCAGUUCUGUGUACCUACCCUUUAGACUUGGCUAGGACCAAGCUCGCAUAUCAGGUUUCGAAUGUGGCCCAACCUGGCAACUCCUUGGGAAAUUCCGGCCACCAGCCAGUAUAUAAUGGCGUAAAGGAUGUUUUCAAAACUGUAUACAAGGAAGGAGGUGCACGAUCUUUGUACCGUGGGAUAGGUGACAGCAAUUGCCUGGAGCCCAGGAUGCAAUAUAUGGGAGUAGUUUAUGAUGUCUAUGUAAUAUUUAUCUGGGCUAUAGCAUUGCACCGCAUGACAGUUGAGGCCAAAUUUCGUAUCAUUUCAGGCCCAACCCUGAUCGGUAUUCUUCCAUACGCUGGCCUAAAAUUUUACAUAUACGAAGAUCUAAAAUCUCGUGUUCCAGAAGAUUACAAGAGAUCUGUUGUAUUGAAGCUCUCCUGUGGUGCUUUGGCUGGUCUUUUUGGGCAAACGCUCACUUACCCGCUGGAUGUUGUCCGAAGGCAAAUGCAGGUUCAGAACAAGCAGCCACAGAAUGUUAACGACACCUUCCGCAUAAGAGGAACAUUUCAGGGUCUCUUACUCAUCAUUCGGUGCCAGGGAUGGAGACAACUCUUUGCUGGCUUGAGCCUUAACUAUGUCAAGGUUGUCCCUUCAGUUGCUAUCGGAUUCACAACAUAUGACAUGAUGAAGAAUUUGCUGGGAGUACCUCCACGCGAGAGAGCUCAUCCAUCGGCUGGUAACAAAUGAAGCAGCGCCGACUCUCUUGUGUUGCAGGUCUCGUUUUGAAUCAUAUUGCUAGGUUGCAUAGGAUGGUCUCAUAAUUCCGACUGAACUGUUGGGUCUGUAAGAAUGACAGCUCAAUUGAGCUGCUCCAGACUCGGAUAUGAUUGUAUAUACUGAUUGUGCUGAUUUGAUAGUUGAAUUGAUAAAGCAUUUCGUCCGUAA